CACUCAGAUAAACAGAUUUGAAGCUCAGACACUGCCCUUUCUCUCUUUCUCUCUCUCUCUCUCUCCGUCUGUCUCUCUCUUUGUCCCCCUCUCCCUGCUCCUGUCUGUCUCUCAGUCCUUCAUCAUGAGGAGACUGGUGAUGUUUCUGCUCGGCUUUGCCUCCUGCUUCACAGCCUUCUGUCACGGUGCGAGUGCAGGCCCACAGCUGGAUGCCGGGCGUCUUUACAGAUUCAGCUACAGAACGGAGCUCUGUGUCAACCGGCCCAAAGGCACGAGCCGAGGAAACGUGGGGUUUCAGAUCUCCAGUGAUGUGGACAUCAGCCUGGCCUGGAGGAACCCGGAGAACCAGGAGGAGCAGCUGCUCAGAGUCCAGAUCUCUAAUGUUCAGAUUCAAAACGCCGCUAAGCGCUCGCGCAAAAACAACAUCUUCCACGGCACCACCACCCAGGGAAUUCUGGGUCGAGAAAAGAGCGAGGCGCUGCAGAGACCCUUCAUGAUCCUCUGGAAGAUGGGCAAGGUGAGGAGUCUUUACACACACAAGGCGGAACCUGCGACCAUCAAGAACCUGAAAAGGGGCGUGGCUAGUAUGCUGAUGAUGCAGCUGAAGUCUGGCAAGAUGAUGGAGGCUGAUGCAUCAGGAAAGUGCCUGGUUGAGUACAAGGUUUCUAAAGACCAGGUGAUCCGCACAAAGCACACAGAGAGCUGCAAAACUAAGGAGACGGGAUUCACCACACAUAGCCAGGUGUUGGGUGUAGGUGAGGUAUCCAGCUCAGUGACACUCAUCACUUUACAAGGCAGCUUCAUCAAAUCUGCUGUUACCAAGGAAACGCACAUCCUGUCAGUCAACACUCGCCACACCACAGCUGCCAAAGUGCUGUCCGAGCAGUCGCUCAGUCUGCUCACAGUGACAGACGGACCUGCAGAAGCUUCAGGUAAAGACACAGUCAGUGUGAUGAAGAGCCUCGACCCCAAGCUGGUGUCUGUGGGAGUGAUGACGGAAAAAACCAGCAUCCGCUGUAAAGCGUGUCCGACUCUGAUGGACACAUGGAAGGCAGUACGUUCUCAGUUGGAACCACAGUCUCUGGCUAAAUCUUCAGCUCCUCGCAGUUUCCUGUCGUUGAUCCACAGCCUGCGCUCGUCCAGCAAAGACCAAAUCCUGAGUAUACUUCAGAACUGCAGCAAGUCUGCACUUCCUCAGCUGGUGGACGCAGUGACCUCGGCCCAGACUCCUGCCUCCCUGUCAGCCAUGUUGGAGUUCCUGGACUUCAGUAACACAAAAAGUGACAGUGUGUUACUGCAGGAGCGUUUCCUCUACGCAUGUGGUUUCGCCUCUCACCCCACUGAGAGCAUGCUGCAGGCCCUGCUGGACAUCUCUAACAACAAGAUCGGCAGCACAGAAAUUAAAGAGUCAGUUGUGAUCAUCAUGGGAGCUUUGGUGCGAAAACUGUGUCAGAAAGGAUUAUGUGAGCUUCCGGUGGUGGAUAAGGUGAAGCAGUUGAUCCUCACUGGACCAGAGAGUGCUCAGGAUGAGGCCCAGGUUCAGAUGUACAUUUUGGCCCUGAAGAACGCUCUUCUGCCCGAGGCCAUACCGCUCCUCGCUCGAUUCGCUGAGUCUGAGACCGGAGCACUGAGCAACAUCGCCAUCACCUCUCUACAGAGAUACGAUCCUCAGCUCAUCACACAUGAGGUGAAGCGGGUGCUGAAUCGCGUGUACCAUCAGAACCGACGCGUUUAUGAGAAGAACGUUCGUGCUGCGGCGGCUGAUGUGAUCCUGAGCAGCGAUCCAUCUUACGAGGAGGUGAAGAACCUGCUGCUCUCCAUCGGCCACCUGCCUCACGAGAUGAACAAAUACAUGCUGUCCAAAGUGGAGGACGUCCUGCGCUUCGACAUGCCUUCUAGUAAAGUAGUCCGUGAGGUCAUGAAGGACACAAUCGCUCAGAACUACGACCGUUUCUCAAAAAUGGGAUCCUCAUCUGCCUACUCCGGCUUCAUGACACGGGGCACUGAUGUGACAACGACCUACAGCUUGGACAUUCUGUACUCUGGUUCAGGAAUCCUUAGAAGGAGUAACAUGAACAUUUAUGGCCAGAGCAACGGUGCUCUCCUGCAUGGCCUUCAGGUGGCCAUCGAGGCACAGGGCCUGGAGUCACUGAUAGCGGCGACAGCUGAUGAAGGUGAGGAGGACCUGGAGUCGUUUGCUGGAAUGUCGGCGCUGCUCCUGGACGUUCAGCUUCGGCCCGUGACCUUCUUCAAGGGCUACAGCGACCUGAUGUCCAAGAUGUUCUCAAUGUCUGGAGACCCCAUUAAUGUAGUGAAGGGUCUCAUCCUGCUCACCGACCACUCUCAGGUGAUCCCUCUGCAGUCUGGUCUACGGGCCUCUGUGGAGUUCCAGGGCGGUUUGGCCAUCGAUAUCUCUGGAGGAAUGGAGUUUAGCCUUUGGUACCGCGAAUCCAAGACUAGUGUCAACAACCGGGGUGCUCUGAUUGUCCUGGGCAACGUGACAGUGGACGCAGACUUUCUAAGUGUGGGGAUGGAAGUGAGCUUUGAGACAGAGGCGGCGCUUGACUUUAUCACCACCGUGCAGUUCUCUGAAUACCCUUUCCUGGUGUGCAUGCAGAUGGAUAAGACCACAUUCCCGUUCAGGGAGGCAGUGUAUAAAAUGGAGAAGUUGUCCUCCGGUGAGCCGUAUGCCUGGCACAAGAGUCGCGAACAGCUUAUUCCCGGCUCCGAGUUUCCUCUUCAUCAGGAAAACUCCAACAUGUGUAAGAAAGUGUUCGACAGCAACUGGUAGACCUGAGGACUAAACUCCAGUUUAGACAAGUUUAAACACAAAAAAACCUGUGACUGUACUUUUUAAAUUAACCUUUAUUACACUAAACCAAGGGUGCUAAUAUUUUUUAGCAAGCCAGGCCUUGGAUUUAGUAUGUAAGGACUUUAUUUUAAGAGUCUUUAGUUCAAGAUGUAAUUUUUUUCUUUAGUUGUAGUGAAAUAAUUCAGCACAAAAUGCCAUUGGGGAGCAUAGCAUUAAAGGCUAAACAGAGACAAAAGCUAGCAUCUAGCAUAAGUUUAUAAAACUCCCAAUAAUAAGAUACAAGAAGAAUGAAAAUAUAUAAUUAAUUAGACUUAUUAACAAAAAAACUAAAAAAAAACUAAGCUAAAGGGAGAAUGAAGCUAGCAAUUAGCACAAUAUUUUCUAGUUAAAAAAAGGUUGAAAACCUCAAAACCAAAAUGCUUAUUAGCUUGAAGGUUAGCAUGAACAAUGUUAGCAUAACCUAAGCAAGUUCAAAGAACUCAUUCAACAACCUCAACGGUGAAUAGACAGUGUAAAAUAUUAACUAAUGCUGGUAAAUUGUAAAGUUUUAGCAUAAUGCUUGUGCUAGAUUUAGCUAUGCUAUCACAGGAUUUUGUCUGAAUUAUCUUCAUGAAAAGAUAAUAAAAGUUAACAUGUUUAUAUUUUCCACAAAGUUUACACUGGUAUAGAUUAAUUAGCAUAGCUUCAGUCACUGAGAGCGAGCUCACUUUAGCCACCUACCAUGAACUAGCAUAAAUAGCUAAUGCAGUCAGACCUGGUGUGGUGCUAUGUUUAUGUUUAUAAUGUCUUAUAGCACAUUUAUGAGUUAUUUAUUUGAACUCUUGCAGAGGGCCUGAGGAAAAACACUCUCUGUCUAUUCCACCAACCAGAUGUUUACACAAAUGUUUUGGGUUUUUUUUGACAAAAUGAGCAUUUUAUUAUAAAACGGUGUCUUGUGAAAUAUGGCUGCAGGAAUUUUAUUGUGAAAACAUCAACAGAAUAUCUACAGAACCCUGAUCUAGAUCAGCUGAAAUCUAGAACCUCACACAACACAAUACACACUGAGGUUUGUUCAAAACCUGUUUGCAUUUUACAGUUUUGCGCUAAUGAUUAAUCAGUGAUAUGUUCUGCAGCUGGAUUGUGAAAAUAUUUCAUCUUUUUUAUGGAUGUAAAUAAUUUUCAGGAAAAUAAAACCACGAUUUUAAACUUU